GCUGCCCUUUCACUUGAAUUGAAAAAACUUCAAAUUUCAUUCCGUCACUGUAAUAAUUGAGAUAUACAAGUAAUCAGAAACGCGAAAAGAUGAAAGAAAUGGCAACGUUAUAUUGCAUCGUUUCAAUAUUUUUGGUUAUUCAUUUACAUCGAUGUCUUGGUUUUGUUUCAACUGUGUACAACCUUGAAACAUGUAUAAGUUGUUACAAAACUACAACUUUGGAAUAUUUCGACGCCUUAAACAAAAUAUGGCCAGAUUGUGCAACUACAGAAAAGGCUGAUUUUGCAACUGUUCCGAGACGUGCCUAUUAUGUGUAUAAUAUUUGUGAAAACCAUUACGUCACAGGAAACAUAUACAAGGAGAAGUUUCCGGAAAUGCAGACUAAAGGCGCCGCUGCACUUGCAGCUUAUAAAAAAUGUCAAGCUGACGAUAAAUCCUUCAAUGAUGAUAAAAAGGCGAAUAUAAAAACUUUUACCACUCAUUUUGAUGAAGACAGAGAGAAGUGUGGGGACGUGAAAUACCUGGAAAAUGACAUUAAGUAUUUCGAAGAUCUGAGUUCAGAUGUACCAAUACCUCCAUCAACUCCUAAUGCAAAUGGUGUGACAAAUCAAGAUCAAGCUAAAACUGCUUCGAGUCCAACGCCAUCUAAAGACUCCACAAAUACUACUCCAGAUAACAAGCCACCACCAGCUAAUCCUACCCCAGGUGAUACAUCAUCCAAAGACAGCAAUGCAACAUCUAAAGAUCCCAAUAAUGUAACUCAAGGAAACAAUCCUCCAACUAACCAAAAUGACACAAAACUAAAAGAUACUAUGGACACUGCAAAAGGAAACAAUCAGCCAUCUAAUAGCUCUAAUAAUAUAACUCCAGGCAGUGGUUCAUUGUCCACUUCUAGCCAAAGCAGUGCAACCUUAGCUAAAGAAUCCACUUCAGCUGAUGCGGUAAAAGCAAACAACAAUCCGCCACCUAAAGAUGCAGACAAUAAAACUCAAAACAAUAACUCGCCACCACCUGCAAACCAAAGUGAAACCACCACAUCAAAAGACUCCACUGAUACUACAAAAGGAAAUGGCAACCCACCAUCCAAAGAUCCCAACAGUACAACACCAGGAGGAAAUAACCUACUGACUACAAGUUCUAAUCAACAUAACACAACACCAUCAACAGGACAAAAUAAUACGUCUAAAGAUAACAAUCCUCCACCUUCUGACCCCAAUAAAAACAACACCAAUCCUCCACAAUCUGACCCCAAUAAAAACAACACAACACCUACAGAUCCAAACAAUACUUCCCAAAUCACCACUCCGCCUCCUGAUAAAAAUAUUUCAACUAAUUCUCAAGCAACCAGCAGCUUAUCAAGUGGCUCUCCCAAUACUCAAGGAGGUAUCACACCACCUCCCAACCCUUCUCAAAAUUCAAUUUCCAAUACCCCUCAAACUGCAGAUCCGAAUUCCCCAGCUUCAUUAUUACCUGAUCCUGGAGCGUUGCUGAAUGGUUUAAUAGGUUAUAGCGGUGGUAUAACCACCUCCCCAAAUAGCCAACAAAAUGUUGCGUCAGCAUCUGCCACUGGUAACACAUCACUGAACACCUCCCCAAAUAAUCAACAAAAUGUUUUGUCAGCCUCCGCCUCUGGUAACACAUCACAAGGAAAUCAAAUAAAUAAUUCAAGUGCAACACCAACAGUGUCUUCAAAUGGUCAGGCACCUAGCACUACCACUACAACUGUUGGGAAUCAGUCUCUGAAUCUAGGUUUGGGACAAACAUCCUAUUGGUUCUAAUUCUAAAAUUUAUGAAUAUGGAGUACUCACGAAAUGUAAACAAUUCUAUAAAAAUUACAAUUAAUUUAUGUAUGAAAUUCAACUGAAUAAAUUAUCCAAAAAAAUAUAUUAGACUCGCACAAAUCGUUGCACUUCAAUUUUUUACCUGAAUCAGUCACUCAGGAAGAUGAAAAUUGAAAAUCAUUUGAAUUUGAGUGAAUUUGAAAUAAAUUUCGACACUGCAAUAUAGAAUCAAUCAAAUCAUUCAAAUUUUAAAAUG